UUUUCCUGAGUUUUAAUGAUUUUUCUAACUAUAUGAUUUGUGCAAUUUUAGUUCCAAGAUGUUCCGAGAUGGUCAAAUGGAAAACUUUAAGGGAGCGUGGGUGAGAUCUCAGCACGGGGCCAAUGAAAUAUUUCGCCUCCCGCUCGUAAUUAAUCUGGGUCCGCAUAAAAUAGCUAGAAAAAAGGACUCUGCUGAUUCGAUUUAUAAGACUUGGUGCGAACUUCUGUCUGAUGACAAGUUUAACGCCUCAGACAAGUUCAACUUUAACACGUCGUCAAACCAUUACAGCAUUCCGAAUCCGUGUGACCAACUGAAGUGUGCGAAUGGCGGAAAAUGUCGUGCGAACUAUGGCGGUAAUACUGGAAAAUGUCAGUGUGAACCUGGCUUCACUGGGGAAACGUGCGACACAGAUGCCUUUGACGACUGCGCAAGUGUUCCGUGUAAGAACAAUGGAACUUGCCAAGACAUUGGAAACAGCUACAUCUGCACAUGCGCAGAUAAAUUCGCCGGGAAACACUGCACACUGAAUUGCACGGCACUGGGCAUGGAGGACCGCAGGAUUCUCGACUCUCAGAUAACGGCCUCAUCGUCCAAACACCAUGUGUAUUUUGCACCCAAGUACGCACGCCUGCGCAAUACAUUCCAAGGUGGCGUUUCGUACGGGUGUUGGCUGCCAAGAAGCGCACAAGCCGGCGAGUAUUUACAGGUGGAUUUACGAGGGGUGAAGAACAUCAGCAAAGUCGCCACUCAAGGUCAGCCCUAUUCCAAAAACGAUCCUGGCCACACCCACUGGGUGACGCGAUAUGCACUCAGCUACAGCCUGGACGGUGUCACGUGGACGACCUACCCGCAUGAAUUUCCUGGUAAUACCGACCUUGAAUCAGUGGUGUCACACACACUUCCGGUCACCAUCCAGGCCAGGUACAUCCGGUUCGUGGUGAAGGCGUGGAAUGUCAACCCUGCGAUGAGAGUCGAGAUCUACGAGUGCGGGGCCUAACUCAGGAUGAAGUGAUAGCCGAUUACUUUCUUCAUUUAUUUGUUUGUGUCGUUUAUAGUCAUGUAGAACCAGGGCCGUAGCAGGGAGUGGGGUAUGGGGACAAGUGUACCCCCAAUGUUUUUUAUUAGACUAUAUUGGACUAUUAGAAAAUGACCAGAAUGAGAGUGGCUAGGCUAUGGUGUCGUUUAGUGUCUUUUAUAGUCAUGUAGAAACAGGGCCGUAGCUAUGCCACCAAUAUUUCUUAAUCUUUCUGUAUCGUGCCCCCUAAUAUUUGGAAGCCUGAUACGGCACUGGGAAUAAUCGCUUGGUCCCGGAGUUGCACAACUACUCUGUUUCACAGAGGUGUACAACAUACUUUUCAACCUUGUUUCGAUUUAUAGCUUGUUUACACAUCACGCCUACUGAGACCAUCUAGUUUGUCUA